AUGGUCCGCAUAAAACACCGUUACCUUCUCGUCCAUAUUCUCUACCCAGACCCAGCAGAUCCACCGAAAGGAAAGAUUCCCUCCAAAUCCCCAGAAAAAGCACUCCCAGACCUCGUCCAAUUCCACAGGCCAAGCCCCAACGACCUGACACCCCAGCUCCUCGCGCGGACAAUCAGAGACCAGGUCCUAUUAUUAUACGGAGACUAUGGGCUCGGUCUCGUAUCUAGCAGUCUAAACGGUAAAUUCCACCCCCCUCAAUUGAUGGACCCUUUAUUGACGCUGAAUCCAGUCAAAUACCUCUCCCCCGCAACCUCCACCGCCAUAGUCCGCUGCUCUCGCGCACACUACCGACUCGUGUGGGCCGCUCUGUCCUUCAUGACACAGCUAACAAAGACGUCUAAACAGGGGCAACCGAGAGCCUGCGCCAUACAGGUGGUCAGGGUGUCUGGUACGAUCAAGAAGGCUGAGGAGGAAGCUAUCAGGAGGGCUAGAGCUGCGAUACUGCGGGCGAAGAGGGAGAGCGGUGAGGGGAGUACGGAUGGGCUCUUGGGGAUACUGGGGAAAGAUGACGAAGAGGUGUUGCAGGGUGGGAAAAAUAUGACGGCUGGAUCAGAUGUUUCAGACGAGGAUGAUGAGAUGGGAAUGGGAUCCGACGGAGAAAGCUGA